AUGGAAAACUUAAAUUUUGAAGAUGAAGAUGUUUUCCAGUGCCAGUACAACAAUCAGACUCAAGAAGACUUUGACAGAUUUGUGUAUCACCUGAGUGAAGAAGAUUACAAGCUUUUGAGAGACAAUAAUUUACUAGGCAACCCAGGUGAAUAUACAGAAGAAGAGUUACUGAGAAGACUUCAAUGGAUUAAAAAGGUGCAAAAUGAAGAUGAAAAUGCAGGUUCUAUGGUUAACAAGGCUAUUAAUUAUAAUUCUGAGCAGAUAUUUUCACAACCUCACCCCAACACCACAGAGCCUGCUUCUUUCAUCCAACAUGUUCCAAACUCCACCCUCUUGGCGCACCAACCUGACGCAGAAGUCUCUUCAGUUGGUGAAUGUUGUAGUGCCUCUGUGUUACCAUGGCUUAAUUAUUCUAAAGAAAUUGAAAACAUGAAAAAUGAAGAGAGAGCAAACAUAUUUUGGGGAGAAGACUCACUAGAGCCUAGUCCAAACAGUAAUGGUUUUAGAGUUAGUAGGAGAAUACAUUUUAAUGCACAUGAGAAUCCAGAUCAAGAAAUAGAAUAUGCUUCAUCCACAAGACUUCAGAGUGAAGAAAAAUUGGAAGACAGCCAAAGACAAAUGCAAAUUUUAGCACUUGAAUCAAUAUCUUCAAGGUCAUCUACAUCAGAACAAGGUACAACUAAAGUAUUAACAGAAGUCACAUCUACCAGAGGUCUGAGAAGAGCAAGAAGCAGAAGCCCAGAAUAUCGGAGAAUCAGAUCAAGAAUUGAAAAUAGGUCAGAUAGAAGUAGAAUAAAUGAACGUUUAGAAAGUUUUCAUUAUCAGUUAACAGGAUUUCCUGUGCAUACUCUGGAAGAUGAAGAUGAGGAUGAUACUUUUUUUACAACUCAGCAAGAAGAAACAUUGAGACAAGAAACUACUGCACUUGAAUCUCAAAAUGGGGGUCUUUUAGCAAGUUCUGAAACAACAAAUGCCAUUCAAGGCAGCAAUUCUCCAGAUAAAAACAGCAGUGAGGAGUUCAGGACAUUGCCACAGGCAUACCCAACAAUACUCUAUGAUUCAGAAUUAGAAGUUGAUCCUCCAGCAUCUUCUCCAAAAGACAGUUUAGCUAAUAUAAGUCAAUUAACAUCUGAAAGACAAGUCAACAAUGCCAUUUUAGAAAGUGAAAUCAUUCAGGAUACUUUGUCUCCUUUUGAGCAGGCAGCAGCACAAUCUUUCAAUGAAUAUUCCUUUAAUAGUUUACUAACUUCUCUUAUGUAUAAUCCAUCUGUUCUAAAUGAAAGCACAGUAAAUCAUACAAGCACAGUGUGUACAAAUAACCUAGUGGAUGAUGAUGAAGUAGGUACUAGCAUGUUAUCACCAAGUCAAUCUACAGAAAGAACAGAAUUAUCAAAUAUAUUUACUACUUCUGGUUUGAGUAAUAGCAGUACUACUGAAGAAAAUCAGGCCUAUAACUUCUAUUCAAAUACCACACCAGUUUCUAAUUUCAACUUUGAUUAUGAGCCCAGUUAUAGUUUUUCUAGUAUUCCAAUGGCCAAUUCUAACAAUGACGAUUCAAACAAUCAUUCACUAAUGUUUGAGGGAAAUGGAAACAGCUUAACACCAUUAUCACCAGGCACAUUAAAUGAGGUCCUGCAUGGAAGACCAAUGAGCCCAAUGUUUGAUGACAGUGAUUCUUGGUCCUCCCUUAAUCUGGAUGAGUUUUUUCUAUUAGAUGAUGAUGAUGAUGAUGAGUACCAAUCUACAGGACUCACUAAGGCACAGAUUGACAACUUGGCUAUAAGACCGUUUGGUGAAUUGGAUGCAUUAAAAAGCUGUUGUGUAUGCAUUACAGAGUUCACAGAAGGCAAUAAAAUCUGCAUACUACCAUGUUUACAUGAAUAUCAUCUCCAUUGCAUCAAUCGCUGGCUGUUACAGAAUAUUACCUGUCCUAUUUGUCGCAGGAAUGUAUUAGACAUUGAUGAAUAA